CUGUUUUAUCUAUUCGCUGUCACCCACCUACCAUGUCCAGAGCAUUCAUCUCUUCCCUGCGCCCCGGCCUCGCCCCCCGAACAGUCAUCGCCCCCCUCUCCCUCCGCCAUGCCUCCUCCUUCUCUUCUCCCCUCGAACCCUCUACCUCCCACACCCAGCCGUCCCACUCCCUGCCGACCGGCAGCUUGCCUCUUUCAUGGCCCAAGUACCUGACACUGAGGAGGCAGCAGCGCUUGUGGCAUAGCGUUACCACAGUGCCUACGACGUUGGCGGGACUCUUUUUGGGUGGAGGAUACUUUGCUAGUCUGGAAGCGGAUCCUACUCAGUUGAUCUUUGGGAUUGAGCCUAUGUUUGUGUAUGGAGGUGCUACAAUGGCUUGCAUGGGUCUCGGCUACCUCCUCGGCCCUACCGUAGGCUCCGGCCUGUUCUCCAUCACCCACCCCUCCCUUGCCCGCGGCAACCCUGCCCCGCUAGAAGUGAUGGACCGCGAGUUCUACCACAGAAUCAAGAAGAACAGGGCAGACCCGAGGUUCCAGAGCGUGCAGAACAUUGUACCAGACUUUUAUGGAGAGAAGGUAAUUUGUCUUUCCCGAAUCGCUGGAGGAGAAAGGAGAGGAGAUGGCCCAGGAGCUGAAGAAGGGAUGAGGAAUAGACGCUGACUCAAUUGUGCGCAGAUUGUGUCGCUCUCAACGUACAGGCGCUGGCUCCGAGACCAAGCGGCGUACAAGAAGAAGGCCAUGCACGGUCUUCCUGACGAGCAGGAAUAGAGUGUUGACUGGAGAAGACAAGGAGGAAGAAGGAAUCAUAUCGCCAAGCAUGCAUUAAUCACUCCCCCAUUCCAUACCGAUCAUAAUAGUGUGUGAUGUGAUCUAUCUACUCGCUGAUUAUUGUUCACGACGUCCUAAAGACAAGAC